CACAAAGAAAAAAAAAAUGUUUGACGCAGCCCGCCCGACAGACUCCUGGUGGCCCAGCGGCCUCGACGACUUCCUCCAGGAUCGCGACGACUCAGACACCGGCGCACCGGCUGCCCACUCGUCCAGACCUAUAUAUUGGCGACGCAGCUCUGCUACCUACUUGAGCGUCCAUCACCAGCAACCCAUCCCGACCCACCAAUGCGAACGUGUUACUACGUCCUCCUUGGGGUCGAGCGCUCAGCGACCCCCGAGGAUCUCAAGAAGGCCUACCGAAGAAAGGCUCUGGAGCUUCACCCGGACAAAAACCCGAAUCGCAUCGAGGAGGCCACGCGGCUGUUUGCUCAGAUCCAGGAGGCAUACGAGGUCCUCAGCGACGAGAAAGAACGCCGAUGGUACGACUCCCAUCGCGAGGCGAUCCUCCGAGGCGACGACGACCCAAGCUCGGGCACGACAUCCCAGGGCCUGAGCGUCGACCAGAUCCUGAGUUACUUCUCCGUGUCCAAGUUCAAGGGCUACAACGAUGAGCCGAGCGGGUUCUUCUGCGUAUAUCGCAGCCUCUUCCACACAAUCGAGGCCGAGGAGCUGGACUCGUAUCGAAACGACUCCGAGGCCGCUAUCUCGGACGAGAUCCCAUCCGAGACCAACUUUGGCACAUCUGCGACACCCUUCAAGACCUCGGGCUAUCGCUCUGGUGCAGAUGAGUUCUAUGCAAAGUUUUUGCAUUUUUCGAGUUGCAAGUCGUUCCGAUGGUUCGACAAACACCGCCUGUCGGAUGCGCCCGACCGCCGGAUUCGCAGACUCAUGGAGAAGGAGAAUAAGAAGAUCCGCGAGACCCAGCGAAAGGAGUACAACGAGACCGUCCGCAAUCUGGCCGACUGGCUCCGGAAGCGAGAUCCCCGCUACAAGGCCUAUGUCCAGGAGCAGAAGCAAGAGACCGUGGCCAAGGAGAAGGAGGUCAAGGAGCGGCGUGAGGCCGAGAAGCGAGACCGGCAGCGGCAGGCCAGCGAAUAUGUUGAGCAGGCCUGGACUCGGGCGAGCGACGUCGCCUUAGCCUCGCUUCAUGAGGAGCUGGACGAGACGCCUCUGGAGUCGGAGCUCUAUGGCGAGCUCUUUUGCGCCGCCUGCAGCAAGGUCUUCAAAUCCGAGAAGCAGUGGAAGAAUCACGAGCAGUCAAGCAAGCACAUCCGACAAGUCGAAAAGCUGCGGCGAGAGCUGCUCAUGGAUGACGAACUGCACUCCCUCAAUCAGUCAAGCAACGCAUCGCUAGCAAGCCUUCAAUCCGACAUCGAGAUCGAGAGCCUCCACUCGCUCGAUCCAACCGAGGACCCAGAUGCUGCCCCGGCAGACCUUGAGAGUCUGAGCGCCUCCGACCUCGACCCCGACCCCGACUCCUUGGAGGCUAUUGAUGAAGCGGUGGACGACUUCCCGGCUGCAGAGCCCGCCCACACAACAAAAAAUGCAGACAAGAAACCGAAAAAGAAAACGGCAACGUUUUCCGAUGCCUCAACUAUCAUAUCCCUUGCUGAUGACACACACAGCGGGGAUGCAGUCCCGACACACGCCGAUGCGAACUCGGAGCUCGACGGUGACAGCGACGGUGCCGACUCGGUCGAUGGCAUAUCCGAGCUCCUGGCCAACCUCGGGAGCCGACGAUCUGGAAACGGUCGGAAGCAAAUGACCCUGAACAAUGACUCUGACGAUGCUGAGCCCUUGGCUGGUCCAAAGAAGAACAGUGCGAAAGCCCGGCGUGCGGCUCGCGAGGCGAAAAAGGUGGCUGCCCAGUCAGCGACGGCGCAACCAGCGCAAGUCCAGUCCGAAGGAAGCGUCCCAACGAGCGCCGCUGGCUCAACCAUCUUCAAAUGCAAUAAGUGCGCUACCGUCUUUCCGACCCGAAACAAGCUCUUUGAGCACAUCAAGCAAACCGGACAUGCCCUGCAUCCGGCCUACGCGGCCGAAGGCCCGCCGACCAAAGAAAAGAAGAGCAGGAAGGGAAGGUAGUAGGCAGAAACAGCACGACCUGCGGCAUAGCCGAUGAAGAAAGUCUCAUGAAGCAGCCUGGCGGAGCAAUAUCCUCCUGGAAAGCCACCGGCCGCAGUCCCGGCCAUCGCAGCUAUUCUGGAUGACACAUUGCAGAGCCGGUUCGAUCGACUUGCGAUUAGGCACAGCCGAUCGAUCUCUCUCGGUGCCAUUUGCGUGGACACUGCGGCCCCACGGUGGUGCCGGUUGCCUAUCUUUGGCAAUCGAUGGCGAUCUAUGAGCAGGACUCGCGAUAAUGCUGCCGAGGGUGGUGACGUGAUUUAUAGAUGCUGCGAUCGAGCGCCGCCCUUGGCGACAGGACAGUAAAUACAAACAGAUAACGACCACCAGUGUCUUCGCAACAGA